AUAAUUCAGAAUCAGUUAGGCAAACAACAAAAGAAAAAAAAAAAGAAGCAAGGUUUUCUAUUUGUAAUUGCUAUCAUCAUCUAAAGCCACUUUGCUUGUGACAAAAGGAUUCUGAGAGAGUGGAUAUCCUUCUUCACUCUAAAGCUACUUUCCUUUGGUUUUUUCGACCAAUUAGGUCCUUGAAAAUGACUAAUGUAUGAAUGAGAAAUUAACCAUGCUUGGAAAUUUGAAGAAAAAAUAAAAUAUCUAAAUAUGUCUCCUCCCAACCCACUUUAUAAUCCUUUUCCAAGGGUUGGCUAGCUUUGGAUGAUGAUGAUGAUAUCAUAAACUGCUUUGCAGAGAAAACCAAGCAAUUACAGAUAACCAUCCAUAGUGAGAAAAAAGCCUAAAUUCCCUUUGGCUUCAACAUUCAAGGGUCCAGACCAAAAAACCACUACUUUUUUAGGAGUUUUUUUUUUCUUCCUCAAGAAUUCUUAUGCAGAAUAUAUAACCUUGAUAUUGUGUAUAUUAUAAAGCUAAUCAAUCAGGGAAGCAUGCCAAAAAAAACUAUGUCUAUCCCUUAAAAAGAGAUUCUUUGCCCAUUGUCCCACACAUUUCAUCAACCUUUUCAAUAUUCUCUUUUCCUCUUCUCAUGCACAAGAGCCACAAUAUAUGCUUUGAUUCUCCCAUAUACAUUACACUUGUAUCGUAUACUCUCAUCCUCUCCAUCAUCUCUUCAUUUCUUCUCUGGUAAUGAUUCCAGAAAUGGAGGUAUGUGCAACCCUUCAACCACCAAAUGCAAAUACAUUCAAAACAAAUUUCAUCUUUUUUUUUAUCAACAUCACUCACUGACUGAUGGCUCUCUUCUUUUUUCUUUGGUUGAGUAAAUGCAGAAACCCAGAGUUACAGAGAUACAGGUCCGGAUGGAUUGCAACGGAUGCGUACAGAAGAUCAAGAAGGCUCUGCAUGGCAUCAACGGUAUUUGUGAGCUUUACAUUGACUUCCCUCAACAAAAGAUAACCAUCAUCGGGUGGGCUGACCCUGAGAAAAUAGUAAAAGCCAUUAAGAAGACAAGAAAAACAGCCAUCAUUUGUUCCCACUCAGAACCACCUGAUGAUGAUCAUCGCCAACAAACUCAGCCACCAGAUGAUGACAAUUCUGCCGAUGCAGUUCGAGGAGAUGAGCCACCACCACCAGCUUCUAACCCUCCUCCCCAACCCUCAGAGGCUUCUGGUAUUAAUCCAGGUCCAACACAACAUGAUGGUUCCUCACCAGGACAGGAGGAAGGCCAACAACAACCAGCAGAGCCACCAAAAGAUCCACCCCAACAUCUAAAACUGGAGGCUAAACCACCUAAAUCUAGACCUAAACCACCAGCACCAGCAGCAGAAGAACCUCCACAAGCUUCUCCCGCAGUCAAGAUGACUCAAUACCACCUUCCUAAUAAACCUAAAGAUGUUGAACAGGUUCAUGUUGUUUAUCACCACCCACCGGAUUAUGGCUUCAGAUACAGCUACAAUGAUAAUCAUGGGAGCAUGAAUCAGGGGUACAACAGUCAAUGGCAUUCUUAUCCUCCCGCAGGUCCAGGUUUCCGACCAGAACCACCACCACCACCCCCCCAACAACCUAUCUAUGUAACUCACAGUUAUAACACAUACCGCGCAUCACCGUAUGUCACCGGAUACGAGUAUAUCGCGCCUCCGGCAGCAACACCGUCCCCACCACCACAAUAUAUACAUUAUAGCAGACCCACACCACCACCACCACCACCUGAGUAUACACAUUACACUCGGCCGCCGCCAUCACCACCAACACGAUACACACAAUAUAGUUAUAACAGCAGGCCCGAGGGCUACUACAGUGACGACUAUCAUUACUAUGGAAACAAUGGCAAUGGAAAUGGAAACAUCACUUCAGCAUUCAGUGAUGAAAAUCCAAAUGCAUGUAGAAUAGUCUAGAAUUAACCAUAACAACAAACAGUUGCACGAAAAGUGGAAGCCUUCUCAUGAUGAGCAUAUCUUUCAGGAUAAUACUUUUUAGAUAAGCAUGCAAACAUGUGUGCGACGAAUAUUGAAAGGAAAUCAGAUUCCUGGCUUUUAAGAGCAGGAAGAAUAUGUCCUAUAUUCCAACUUUUGGUACAGUCCAAAAACCAACCAUCCAUUCAUUUCUUGUAAUAUAAUCCAAUUAUACUAUUUUAUAUUCUUCAAAAUCUUUUAUAUGAAGAUGUGCCUAAACAAUUGUAGUUUAUUAGUUGCAAGGUUGCAUUUAAUUGAAUACAAAGCAAUUAAUCAGAUUAACCACUUUUUGCUAAGCAAAUCAAAUAAUUAAUCAACCAUUCGACCAAGGACAAUUA